AUGCAUAUUCAUGAAUUUGGAGAUUUUUCGCGAGGUUGCUUGUCAACUGGACCUCACUACAAUCCAUAUGGCAAAGACCACGGUGGACCUGGGGACGCAAACCGACAUGUUGGCGAUUUGGGCAACAUAAAAGCUUUCAGCACUGGCAUCGCAAAAAUUCACCUGGUAGAUCAUCAGAUAACCCUAUUCGGGGAGCACAGCAUUCUCGGUCGCACUUUAUCCAUUACUGAGUUUGAAGACGAUAUGGGAAAGGGAGGUCACGAUUAUAGUAAAACUACUGGAAAUUCCGGAAAUCGACUUUGCUGCGCGAUAAUUGGUGUUGCUCGGGAGGAGUUUUUCCCGGAGCGAGGACAUUUGACGACACGAGAUUAG